AUGCUGGAGAACAGCCCCUUUGUCACAUCAGACUGGCGCGAGGCUAAUGCAUCUGUGGUGGUCUUGCUCGUGCUGCACCUCAGCGGAGCGGUUGCCAUCCGGCAGCAGCAGUGCCUCAAGCAGCUACAGCAGCGCAGCCCCUCCUUUCGGCACGACGGCGGAAGGCGGCACUUUUUCAUCUUCACCAACGACCGGGGGCCAUGCUGCAUCGACGGCCGGUACAAGGACGUUGACUUCAUGCGCCACCACAUCAUGACACACGGCGAGCAGACCGGCUGGCGGGGAGAGACGCUGCAUCAGUAUACGGCCCAGCUAGGCGUCGGGCCACAGCUCCCGUGUCACGACGAGGCCAAGGACAUCACCAUCCCCACGCCGAACGUGCACUUCCCGCGCGUGGCCUUUGCGCCGAGCCUGCUGCCGGCUGGGCGGCAAGGCCACCGCCCCGGCAGCAACCGGUCCAAGGGCGCUGGCGAGCGGUCGCUGCUCCUCUUCUUUGCGGGCUCGCACCCCGCCUCGGCCUGCAGGAAGGCUCUCCUCGCGGGGCUCUCCCACUCGCCCAGCCCCCGCGUGCUGGUGCGCGAAUCCCUCCCUGCCGACCAAUACCUCGAGGCGAUGCAGACGGCGCGCUACUGCCCUGUCUGCGGCGGGUACGCGCCGUGGACCCCUCGCGUCUCGGAGCUGCUGCACUACGAGUGCGUCCCAAUCUUCCUCUCCGAGUACACGCUGCCGCCGCUGCCACGCGUCCUCGACUGGCGGGUGAUCAGCGCGCAGCUGCACUACUCGCGCGUCCGCGAGCUCGAGCGCUUCGCAGAUGGGCUCGACUACCCCACGCUGCUGGCAGGGGUGAAGAAGGCACGGCGCGCGAUGCAGUACCACUUGAGCGGCUACAGCGGCCGAGGGAUGCUGCCGCUGCUCCUUCACCAGAUGCACGAGCGGGUGAGCGGCCCGCCCCCACGACCGCUCGCCCUCGCCCUUCACGACGAUGUCGACCUAGACCACAACUACUCGGGAAGCACCCCCUCUGGCCAGCCGAAGCGCAUGGGCGUCGUUCACUCAACGUACGCGAUCGGCGGUCUUAACGCCGGGACAUUCGCGUUGGAGCCAUGGAUCAUGACACGGUUUAAAGCGCUUAUUUGUGCAGAGUAA